AUGGCGGCCGAGCGACAGGAGGCGUCCUCUGUGGGCCUCCACCCUUACGAAACCAGGGUAGAAAAAGGAGUCAAAAUGGAGGAGCUUGAAAGAAAUGGCCUUGCGCUGGCCGGGCCGGCCCGAUUCAGGAAGAGCCCUUACGUCAUCCAGGCUUUCACCAUCGGGGAGCAUUUUAGCCGGAUGGCAGCCAAGCCAACGGAGCGGGAUCUGGAAGAGGGGAUGCUGUCGCCAUGUUGGGAAGCCCAGUGGCGAGACAUCCUGAAGAACAGACAGUCCCCGUGUUCGGGGUGGAGCAACCCCCAGAUCCCGGGGUUUCUGGCUCCCGCUGAAACCGGUGAACAGCCCCUCCAGGAAGAGGCAGGUGGCCUUUUGCCGCGAGAGACCAGCCUGGAUGCGUACCCCGCAGAGCAGGGGGAUGAUGGAGAGGUGAAGGGAGAGGGCCAGGCCGAGGAGACCCCCAGCGCCGAGCUGCAUCGGCAGCACUUCCGGUGGUUUUGCUACCAAGAGGCGGAGGGGCCUUGGGACGUCUGCGCCCGGCUGCGGGAGCUGUGCCUCAACUGGCUGCAGCCGGAGCUGAAUUCGAAGGAGCGGAUGGUGGAGCUGGUGGUCCUGGAGCAGUUCUUAGCCAUCUUGCCCGAGGACAUCCAGGGCUGGGUUGGAGAAAGCGGGCCAGAGUCCUGUGCGCAGGCGGUGGCCUUGGUGGAAGACUUCCUGCUGAGGCAGCAAGAGACUGAGAGGUGGAAACAGGAAGUGCUGGGAGAGUUUGAAGAAGUAGCGAUGAGUUUUUCGAGAGAAGAUGACGCUGGCGACAAACAACCUUGCCGGGAAAUCAAGCAGGAGCAGGCCAAUUGGUUGGAUAAGUGGGAGAGUGAGGAUGAAGAGGCUGUGUUUGAAGUGUUACUGGAAAAAGCUGAAACUCAAGUCCUGGAAGAGAACUUUGGAGAACAAGCGGCACCACGGUGGGAGCAGCGAUUCCCCACAGACAAGAGAAGAAACAACGCCAUUCUCGAUGACAGCGGGAUCUCCGGCGAGCGGGUCUUGGAGGACAAAGCGCACGCAGGAAAGCGGAGACACGUGUGCGCUGUUUGCGGGAAGGGCUUCACUCAAAAAUCGAACCUCAACAGGCAUCAGAGAACCCACGUGGGAGGGAAGACAUUCCAGUGCUCAAAAUGCGGGAAAAGCUUCAAGUGGGAGACCAGCUUUAUGCGACACCAGCGCUUCCACACCGGCGAGAAGCCUUAUCCCUGCGUUGACUGUGGGAAAUGCUUCAGUCGGAGCGCCAAUCUCAUCAUUCAUCAGAGGAUUCACACCGGCGAGAAACCCCACCAGUGCGCAGACUGCGGGCAGAGUUUUAGCCAGGUCUCCAAUCUUGUUCGACACCACCGAGUCCACACCGGGGAGAAGCCUUACAAAUGCCUGGAAUGCGAGAAGAGCUUCACUCAGAAAUCGAACCUCGUCAAGCACCAGAGGAUCCACACUGGGGAGAAACCUUACCGGUGUCCGGACUGUGGGAAAAGCUUCCGCUGGAGAGCUCACCUGAUCAUCCACAAGCGGUUGCACACCGGCGAGAAGCCGCACAAGUGUGCCGACUGCGGGCAGGGCUUCAGCCAGCGGUCCAACCUGGUGAGGCAUCUCCGAACCCACACGGGGGAGAAGCCGUACAAGUGCUCUGAGUGUGAGAAGAGCUUCGGCCAGAAAUCCAACUUGAUCAAGCAUCAGAAGAUUCACACGGGGGAUAACGCGCCCCAUCAGCCGAGCGGCCUUGUCAGACAGGACCAAGCGGGAGAGGAACCCUAUCCAUGUUUCCGGUGUGGGAAAGUAUUCAGCCGCAGGGGGAACCUUCGGAGACACCAGAGCAUCCACACCCGGGAAAAACCUCACAAAUGCUCCGACUGUGGGAAGAGAUUCAACCAGAGGGCAAACCUCAUCAGCCAUCAGAGGAUUCACACCGGGGAAAAACCCUUCACCUGUCUUGACUGUGGGAAGAGUUUUCGGCAGAGCCCGCACCUCAUUAAACAUCAGAAAAGGAUCCACACAAAAGAGAAGCCCUAUCAGUGCAGCGAGUGCGGCCAGACCUUCACCUGGGAAGCGCACCUGGUGAUCCAUCAAAGAAUCCACACGGGAGAGAAGCCUCACCUCUGCGCCGAGUGCGGGCAGAGUUUCAGCCAGAGAUCCAACCUCAUCCGCCAUCAGAGGAUCCACACGGGAGAGAAACCCUACGCCUGCUCGGAGUGCGGCCAGAGUUUUACGCAAAGGACACACCUUGUGGUGCACCAGAGAAUCCACACCGGGGAGAAACCGCAUAAGUGCGUGGAGUGCGGGCAAGGCUUCAGCCAAAGGGCGCACCUGAUUGUCCAUCGGAGAAUCCACACGGGAGAGAAGCCGUAUCGAUGCGCGGACUGCGGACAAGGCUUCUGCCAAAGAUCUAAUCUUACCAGACAUCAGAGGUCCCACGACUGUGAGAAACAAAAAUAG